AUGUUGACGGACGAAGAAAGAGAAAGAUUUCACAAUGCUAUUAUACAACUGAAACGUUCCGGAGAAUACGACACGAUGGCGCUGAUACAUGGUCAAGCCGCCGUUAGCGGUGGCGCCCAUUCCGGGCCUGCUUUUCUGCCCUGGCACCGAGAAUUUAUGAAAAGGUUUGAGAUUGCUCUUCGACAAAUUGAUCCGUCGGUGGCCGUCCCCUACUGGGAUUCAACUUUGGAUAACGGAUUGCCGGAUCCGCGUGACUCAGUGAUGUGGACAAACGAACUGAUGGGCACCACAGAUGCUAGCGGUACACUCAGUGGUGGCGAUUUCGCUCAUUUCCUAACAUUCAAGAAAGACCGGCGUGUAAGACGUCGUGUUGGAGCACAGGGAUCGCCUUUCAAACCUUCCGAGAUUGACUGGUUCUUGCAGCAAAAUCGAAUCGAGAACGUCCUAGCCUACACUGCUCCUAGACAGGGUUGCCAGUAUCGUGCUAACUACAAUGCACUGGAAUAUACGCACGGAAAUCAGCAUAUUUUUGUCGGAGGCGACAUGUUCGAUCCGUACACAUCCGGCAACGAUCCCUCAUUCUACUUGCAUCACUCAUUCGUGGACUAUAUCUGGGAGAUGUAUCGCCAACGGAGACAGACCCGAUAUCAGCGUGAGAACGACUACCCGCCAGAUAAUCAAGCGUGUAGUAGUGCUCUACAUUUUGGGUCCGCGAUGAUGAGACCUUUCACGCCACUGCGAAAUAUCGACGGCCUUAGCAAUAAAUACACCGACAAUUUGUAUGAAUUUGCUCCGCGUCCAAGCUGUCAGAGUGGCCCCACUUGCGGAUCGAAGUAUCUCUUUUGUGAUCGGUCACAUGGACAGCCGCGUUGUGUAUCGCAGGUUCGAAUCGGCGGACGAUGCGACGGUUUUGUGAAUGGAGAGCCGGUCUGUCAUCACGGAAUGUGUGUUUCCGGACGCUGCGUAGCCGCUCGAGAAUUCCCGGUAUGUUCUGAUUAUGGAUUUCGGGGUUCCGGUUUAUAUAUGUUUUUGCUGUGCAGCGCUGUAGCGCUAAUACAACGAGCAACCCAGGAUGGAACCCACCAGGCGAGCCAGUGCGAUCGUGCUUUUUUGCAGCAGACUUGA